CUACUGAGUCACGUUAAAGACUCGUUCAAAAAGAAUGAAUCAUUCAUUAACGACCCAUCACUAAUACGCAGUAGAUACUAUGUUUGUGUAUUUUAUUUCAAAUAUAAUUUUAUUAGGUCUCGUUAAAGACGCUGCCGACGUCACGUUGUGGGCUGACCUACGAUAAAGAAUAAAGUUUAAGGAAGUUAUCUUUCCUAUGUGAACGUUAGAGUAAUCUUGCACCUGAUCCUGUACAUUGGACCUCUGGAUCAAUACCGAAAUAUUAACCGGACCGGACUAAUGGAGAACAUAUUGUUAAUUACGUGUUUUCUUUAUGUUUCUGCAGACACACACACUCUGCAGUACCUCUACACUGCAGUCACACCUGGACUUACUGAUUUCCCAGAGUUCACUGCUGUGGGUCUGCUGGACGGAGAGCAGUUUAUGUUCUACAGCAGCAGCAACAGGAGUCUGAUCAUAAAGGACUGGAUAAAGAAGACUAACAGUGAGACCUACUGGAGGAGUGAGACACAGGACAUGCGGGGCAAUCAGGAUACCUUUACCAACACAUUCACAACGGCAAUGAAAAUGUUUAAUUACAGUGAAGGAGAUCACACACUACAGAGGAUGUUCGGCUGUGAGCGUGAUGAUGAUGAUGAUGUCACCACUAGAGGAUACGAUCAGUACGGUUAUGAUGGAGAAGAUUUCAUCAGUCUGAAUCUGACAACUGUAACCUGGACUGCAGUUAAACUUCAAGCUGUGACAAUCAAACACACCUGGGAGUCUAAAGGUUCUAAUAAACAUCAGAAGAACUUCCUGGAGCGCGACUGUAUCGAUCUGUUAAAGAAGUACAACAGAGACACUCUGAACAGAAAAGUUGUUCCUGAGGUGUCAGUGUUCCAGAAACACACUCCUUCUCCAGAGGUGGUGUGUCACGCUACAGGUUUCUUCCCCAAAGCACUAAACAUCACCUGGCAGAAGGACGGAGAGGACGUACAUAAGGACGUGGAGCUCAGAGAGACGUUACCCAACCAGGAUGGAAGCUUCCAGAAGAGAAGCAUUCUGAAAGUCCCAGCUGAGGAGCUGCAGAAACACAUCUACACCUGCGUGAUUCAGCACAGCAGCUUGAAGAAGGAGUUAGUGCGAGAAGUACCAAAAGACGGAGGAUCAGACGGAGGAUCAGACGGAGGAUCAGACGGAGCACCCAUUGCUAUCAUCACUGCUGUAGUCGUGGCUCUCGUCGCUGUUGUUGCUGGAAUUGUGGUUUGGAAGAAGAAGAACUCAGGCUUCAAACCUGUUCCACCCAAACCCUCCUCUGAAGGAGAUUCUUCAACCAACAACUCUUAAAGUGUGACUGUGUGACUUCCUGCUGAACUGAGAGAGUAAGACAUGAUGUAGUUUACAGUGUAAUAUGGAAUAAACAUCUGUGUGUGGAGUGAAAAUCCAGCAGAAAAGCCUGCAGUAACAUUCAGAGCUCAUCCUGUUUCUGUUUGGAAGGGAGAAUUUCACAUUGGUUACUAAAAUAUUCUACCGUGACUAUUAUAGG